AAAGCGUAUGACGUGCCAAAAUCAACACUCCAGACGCGUCUCCGCGGUGUCCAGCCACGGUCAGAGAUUGCGUCUACUAGGCGCAAGCUAUCACUUAUUGAAGAGCAGUCUCUUGUUCAGUGGAUUCUAGAGCUUGACCGACGUGGAUUUCCACCACAUAUCAUUGACGUGCGACGAAUGGCAGACACUCUACUCGCCGCGCGUGGCCAGAAUCCACCACCACCACCUAUAGGCAAAUGCUGGGUGCCGCGCUUUAUUCAGAGCCAGCCAGAGCUUCAGACAAAGUGGAGUCGGAGAUUCCAUAGCCAGCGCGCCCAGUGUGAGGAUCCUGUCGCAAUUACAGCGUGGUUUAAGCUAGUAGAGGAGACGCGCCAGGCGUACGGCGUCCUAGACCAGGAUAUCUAUAACUUUGACGAGACUGGAUUCGCUAUGGGCGUCGCUGCAACGUCGAAAGUCGUGACUAGCUCUAAUAGAGUUGGUCGGGCAGUUGUCGUACAGCCAGGCAAUCGUGAGUGGGUAACAGCAAUCGAGUGCGUUAACGCGUCUGGCUGGUCUCUUCCACCUUUCAUAAUCCUGUGUGGUAAAGUCCACCAGAGUAGCUGGUAUCACGACCUCCCAUCAGAAUGGACUGUCGGCGUCUCAGACAAUGGCUGGACAACAGACGAGCUUGGCGUAGAGUGGGUGAAGCACUUCAACCGACAUACAGCGUCUCGUACAGCUGGAGUCCAUCGUCUUCUUAUCCUAGAUGGCCACGGCAGCCACGCUACACCAGAAUUCGACCAGUACUGUGCCGAGAACAAGAUUAUCACUCUCUGCAUGCCGCCUCACACGUCUCAUCUCCUCCAGCCGCUUGAUGUAAGCUGCUUCUCGCCUCUUAAGCGCGCAUAUGGGCGUGAGAUUGAGGAGCUCGCCCGCCAAGGCGUCCACCACGUUGACAAGAUAGACUUCCUCACUAUCUAUACACAGAUCCGGCCGAGAGUCUUCACGCAGCAGAACAUCCAGGCAGGCUUUCAGGCGACAGGCCUUGUCCCUCUCUGUCCCAAGCGUGUCCUAUCGUCGCUUACAGUUGUCCGCACGCCAUCUCCACUA